AAAUUGACAUUAUCUAUUGGCUGUACCUGUACUGCGGAUUUUCUUGUGCCGAAAAAUUACUAAAUAAUUUUUUUUUUAUAAAUACAUUUAAAGAUGUUUUGAUUGAAUCUCAUUUAGUUUUAGUAUUAAAGUUUUAAAUAGAUAUAAUUAUGGAAGUUGCAACAUCCAAGGCACAACACCAUGGUGUGGUGUUGGGGUUCCUUGGUGCUUGCAACGCAGCUUCUCUAUUGGCAGCUCUUAAUCUGGUCUGCCAUCUCAAUCCAGAAGACAGAAUAUCAAAGGCACGCGGUGGCACGCUGACUCUCCUGGGCUUCGUGUAUUUCAUGACGCUCUUUGAACUGUUCAAUGUGGCAGCUCUGUUCACCGGACUGGGGGAGAGGUUCCGGAACAAGUAUCGGCUGAGCUCAGGAGACGUCCUUGAUAUUACCAAUAAGCUAGUCUCAGCGGUACAAGCCGCGUUUUCUUGUGCCACCGGUGCAGUCGUGUGCCUCUGGUCCUGUACUAGGGACCUGGUUCGAUCCUCGCACUAUAUAUCGGAAGCGUACGCGUGGUUCGGCGCUGCUUACUUCUUUUAUGACAUUUGGUCUAUGUACAUGGGGGGCGCGCUGGCGGCGGGCGACGCGCGCGCGCGCCCCUCCUUCCUCGCCUACUGCCGCCACGAGCCCGUCAUACUCAUGCACCACCUGUUCAUCGGCAGCUUCGGCUUCUUGGUGAUUGUGUACUUCCGCGGCGGGCUCGGCGACUGCGUGUUCGGCUUCGUGUACCUGAUGGAGCUGUCGACGCCGUUCGUGUCGCUGCGCGGCAUCCUGUCGCGGCUGCGGCUCAAGCGCACGCGCCUGUACGUGCUCAACGGGCUGGCCAUGCUCGCGUCCUUCCUGCUGUGCCGCGUGCUCAGCCUAAAUACUUACUGUUUUAGAGCGAUCAGCUCUCUUCCGACGGGCUGCAAGAUAUCCAUCAGCAUCCUCCUUCUGCCGCAGCUAUACUGGUUCUACCUUAUGGCUUCCGGCGCUCUGAAGCUGUUCGCCGGCAAAGCGAAGCAGAGUUGAUGGACGUGUAUACGUGCACCGUGGUCCUUCGAGCCUUUCGCGUUUUGUGAGCCUACCCUCUUUUGGCUAUGAUUAUUUUUCUACAUUUUUGCAUUGACGCACUGUAAACGGAACUCACAGUCUCUAUAUAUAUAAAUUAUGUAUAACGUUGUUUGUCCGCAAUGGACUUCAAACUACUCAAGCGAUUUUAAUCCAAUCUGCACACCAUGUGCAGUUUGAUCCAACUUAAGAGAUGGGAUAGUUUAUAUUAUUUCGAUUACUAUAAAAGACUACCCGGGUGGAUCCGGUGCGUGCAACUAGUAGCAUAUUAAAAGAAUAUAGGAAUAUUUAAAUAACGCCCUAACGGCGGUAUAUAAAACAUUUAUUGAAAUUUACACCUUAUCUCGUUGCAGUAAAGUUCAAAUUCUACUGUAUACUCCCUACACGCAUUUCAGUCCGUUUAUGGUACGUCAAUGCGUUUGUAAUGUUUUUUGACAUCUGUUAUACUUCCUGAUUAAUGCCAAUUAUUUUUUAUCUGUUAACUCGUUUCUUCCUUGACAACUUAUGGCUGAUGAUAUUUUCAAUGAUGAUGUCUUCAAUAGUUGUGCCGCUCUUGUGUAAUUGACAAACGUAUAAAAUUCUCAUGUUAUAAUUUAUUACUAGAAACGUUAAUUUUUCGUGAAUUAAUGAUAAAUAACCGUCCAAAAGUGGGAGGUCACCUUGACUUUUGCGACGUCAUCAUUUAAUGUGUUUGAUAUCAAAAGUUUUAUAAUGGAAUGUAUGAUAAAAGGAUAAUAUAUAUAAUAUGUUCGAAUAAUUGUCAAAAUCUUCCUUUGAAUCUAAAAGUAUAGUAGUAUUUUUUAUUUAUUUUAUUUCCCAAAAGACACAGUUAUGUUAAGGUAUCCAAGAAAUGUUGAAAUGGUUCUUAAUUAUGAGUUUUUUCAAACUCAUUACUAGUUUUUUUUUCAUAUAUUUAUGACUUUUAGUUAUCUUCAUUGAUAUGUAUAGACAACAGAAAAAAAUGUAUGAUAACUAUGUAUGAUUUUUAUGAGUACCAUUAAUUACAAAAGUGAAACACAUUCAAAAAAAAAUCACAGAAAAAUAGAAAAAUAGAAUUGAACUGUAUUAUCACGGUUAGGUAUAUUUUUUUCAUUCUAUUUAUAAAAGCACAAAUCUUUAUUAUCAAAAUAGAUACGACAGGAAAUUAUUUACCAGUUGGCUAGUCUAGGGUUUAAUUUAUAAUGGACUUAUAUUCAGGAAAUAUGCAUCACACCAAGUGUUAUAGAUCUAUUUUAAAAUUGUGUUGGGCUCCGUUUUAAAGACUCUUAUUGCACUGUUAGCUUAGAUUAUUUUUUGUGGCAAAAAGGCUUAGGAAAUAUAUUUUUUCCGUGCUAAAAUAAAGGUUAGUUUGGUUUAAUUUAAAUAACCAUGCUUAUACGAGCUUGAAUAAUAAGACCGAAUUCUUAGAUAAUAUCCGGAUAUCAAGAUUUAUUUAUACAGAACGAGAGUUAUGUUGAAAAUGUUGUUUUAUUAAAGUUUUCUUUGCUCCGAGUUUACUCUUAACACUUAAAUCUUACUUUUCCUAAUAUCACUAUAAUGUAAACUAGCAACGCA